GCUCGCUCGCGCGAGCGACGUCGUUUCGUCGUUUGGAUUAUUUCCUAACGUCUGUCAUACGCUGACAAUUUUUUAAUUUAUUGUAAAAUGUGUUCGGAAUUAGAGCGACUUGUGAUUUUCUUAAAUUUUUCUUCAUCUUUAUCGCGAUUAAACCUGAUUAAAUAUUUCUGCGUUGUCCUGUCAUUGGUAGAAAUGGGCAUUGGUUUAGGUUGGUUGGUUCUAUUUUUGGCUCCGGACUGUUCCGAAACAAUGUCCAUACGCCAUUUUCCAGGGCAUUGGUUUAAGUUUGGUGAAAAUCAACUUAAAGGUAAGCGAUGUACCGAUGAGCGAUUAAUCGACUUACGAUAAAAAUGGUGGCGUUUCAUAGCGGAGAUUUUGGAUUUUGUAAACUUCUAUCUCCGCUUCCUGCGGCCGAUCAUGGGCAAUUUCUGAGUCACGCAAGUUUCGCUGCAGCUACAAUUGGCAACUGUCAUCCAAAUGGCUAGUGGCACUUUGUCGCCAGAGGAUAUAUCGUACGAUUUCGACAUCCAAGUGUUAAAAAAGAAUGUGCCAAGCUCUUCGAUCGAGCUCGAACAAGUAGAAACCGACACCCGACACCCGGAAACGUCUCGAUGAAUUGUGAUCAGUCGCGAUGACAGUUGCUUUCACGAUGUAAUUGGCAGCCGUUUGUUCAACAUGGAUUACGACGAGGAUCUAUCGGAGAAUGAAUUCCUGCAGGAGCUCAGGCAGCAACACGCAGCCACGCUUCAACAGGUUAUCCAGGAGGGUUGGAUUAUCUGCGUGCCACGCAGUGGAAGUUUCAGCAACUGUAAAAUUCAGAAGGAUGAGAUUAGUGCUCACGUGCUGAUUCCCAGACGGGAUCUCUUUGCUGCGCAAUUCGACACUCUAGAUGGCAAGGAAGUUCUGCUCAUGGACAGGAUCCUCACCAUCAAGCACAACACGCAACAAUACUCUACACGUCUGCUCUUUGAGGAAACCUUCUACAACAACGAUCUGCGCAAAUAUUGCAUAUGGUGCAUAGAACAGCCUUUGGAUACUAACAUGUGUAUCACAGACACCUGUACAAGCAAGAUCACUAAUCUCCAGGAAGCUGUGAACUUUCUUCAGAUGGAACUACUGGAGAAAGAACUGUGCGGUGACUUUGAGACCAAGAUCAAGGAUUUCUUGUGCAUUAAUAAGGAUCUAAAUUGUGAACCAGUGCAAACACAGAGAGAUCUGGUGUAUGAUUUAUACACAGACUGUCUCAGGAUACUAUUGGAGAAUGCAACAUCGCGGGAGAAAGUGUUAAGUAGUAGACAUUAUUACUGGAGUAUACGAGUAUCGCUAGAGACAUAUAUUCUAUACAUUUUACGACAUAUACUAUUAAAGUCACUGUCUGCUGGCACCGCAGCUGAAGACGCGUCCUUGAACAAGAUCACGAGGAAUCUGAACGAAAUUCGACUGGAUGAUCUCCGAAUACGCCCAGAUUUGCAGUCAUGCGUCGACGGUGGAAGAUUGGAGUUGUCGCGAUUGGAUUGCUUCGUGACUGUAUUGGGCAAGAUCGAGUGUCUCAGACGAACCGUUAAUUACGUAUCUCGCGGAAGCUCGUCCAUCGUCUCGUCGGAUGAUCUUCUCCCGGUGCUCAUGUACCUCGUUAUCAAGGCUGGAUUGUCGAAUUGGACGGCGCAGUUGGCUUUCAUGCAGGAAUUCCGUUUCUCCGCGAAGUCUGUCCACGAGACGGACGAGGGCAGCUUCCUGAUCACAUCGUUGGAAGCCGCGAUAAAACACAUCAAGUCCGGAGCGAUUUCGAGAAAUACUCCGUAUGCAGAAUCCAAGAAGCAGACGAAGCAGGACGCUGACGCUCUCAUAGCAACGCGUAGCAUUACACCGGAACAGCCGUCUGUUGAGCGCUUGUUCGCGUGCAUCGAGAAAGGCGAAUUGGCCGAAGUCGAGAGGAUAUUGGCUCGCGAGGAAUCCAAGCAGCCGCACGACGCCACUCUCUGCCAUCCUCUGUGCACCUGUGCGUCUUGCGAGCGAAAUUGGGCGCGCCAGCGGGACUUGAAGACGUAUCCCAAGGAUGACAGAGGGCUCACACCGUUGCACAUGGCGGUGUUGUGCAAUCAGAUGACGAUCGUGGAUUACCUCCUGGACCACGACAUAGACAUCAAUGUCGCCGACUCCGACGGACUGACGGCGCUUCACCACGCGUGCAUCCACGGCCACCAAGGCAUCCUGCUGCACAUGCUGCACGCGAACGCGGAUCCCACGGUGACGGACUCCGCCGGCAACACGCCACUGCACUGCGCCACGGAGCGCGGUCACGAGAGCUGCGUGAAGGCGUUGCUCUAUCUGUCGGAGCAGAUGAAGGUGCCGGUGGACGUGAAUGCCAGCAACGACAAUGGUGACACGGCGCUGCAUCUCGCCGCCAGAUGGGGCUACGUCGCGACCGUGCGUAUCCUCUUGGAAUGCGGUGCGAACUGCAAGCUGACUAACCGAAAGGGUCAAACGCCGCUGACGGUAACAUACAGCAGGUACAUCGCCAAACUACUCGAAUACUACGCCAACAUCUGUACAGCUGACUCCUUGCAGCCUCGGCGCGCGACGUUUUCCUCGCAAGCUGCACAGAAGCAGAGCAGCCAGAGCGGCGCGUCGCUACCGGAGCAUCGCGCGAUAGACAGACUUCUCGCCGCCAUCGUCGAGGGUGACACGUGCUUGGCCUGUUAUUAUUUGGGCCUGGAGGUUUACCGCGAACGGCUACCAGAUGUACGCUGCGCGGUCGACGGCAGGAUGUGCCAUCCGCUGUGCAAUUGUGAGCGAUGCUCGGCGAUCGGCGAGACCCUGCUGAAACGGUGCAAACGACGACGAGCGCUCCCGAUCAACGCUUGCAACAAUCUUGGCGAGACCGCGUUACACGUCGCCGCGGCGACCGGCCGCACCGACAUGGUGCGACUGUUGCUGGACGCCGGUGCGAAUGUUCACAUGACCACCGUGUCCGAAGGCCGCUCACCGCUGCACCUGGCUUGCCUAAACGGCAACGUCGAUUCGGUGAAGCUGCUAUUGAACUGCGCGACCUGCCACGUGGACGCUCAGGAUUACGAUGGCAAUACGUCUUUACAUCUGGUGACUCAAGCCGGCAAUGCGAAACUCGUCGGUCUGCUACUCAGACACGGCGCGAACGUCGACGCUCGCAAUCGACACGACAUGACGCCGUUGCAGCAGCUGGAACUGGAAAUGUCUGGCGUACUCUCCGCGAAUUAUGUCGACGUGUUGAAGAUGCUGAAGCGAAACUCACCGCAGCCACCGAAUCCGGCGUUCGACGAUUGUGGAAUAUCCGUUAAGUAUUUUGUCCAUUGGUGUUUCAUGUAUAAUUUAAGUUUAAUUGCAAAUACAUAUAAUUUUCUGCUAUUUUACACACAAGAUUGUUCCAAAAUGCUGAGGCUCUUAAAGUUAUCACGCAACUCUUCUUUAAGGAAUACUGCUUUACAGCGACAUGUCAAGCACCGUACUUUUUCUUUGUCAGUAAAACAGAAACAAAAUGAGUUGAAUAAAUUCAAGAAGGGUGAAAUUCUCCAUGGAUUCAUAGUGGACGAGGUUGCCAGGAUAGAUGAAUUGUUCCUCACUGCAUUCAGAUUAUCACAUCUAAGUACAGGUGCACAAUAUCUGCACUUGGCCAGAGAUGACACAAACAAUGUAUUCUCCAUCGGAUUUCGCACAACUCCUAUGGAUUCCACUGGCUUGCCUCAUAUAUUGGAACAUACCACUCUGUGUGGUAGCGAGAGAUAUCCCUGUAGAGAUCCAUUCUUUAAGAUGUUAAGGAGAUCCCUGGCGACAUUUAUGAAUGCUAUGACAGGACCAGACUUCACUAUAUAUCCUUUCUCAACACAAAACCUAAAGGACUACCGCAAUCUGCAGUCGGUCUACUUGGACUCAGUUUUCAAACCGAAUCUAAGAGAGCUGGAUUUCCGUCAAGAAGGUUGGAGACUAGAACACACAGACGUCAACGACAAGAACUCAUCCAUCGUAUUCAAGGGCGUGGUAUUCAACGAGAUGAAGGGCGUCUUCAAUGAUAAUCAGGCUAUUCUUGCUGAGCAUAUGCUGAAUUCUAUUCUACCGAGUCACACAUACUCUGUAAUCUCCGGCGGCGACCCUCUCGUCAUUCCCAGUUUGGAGUAUAGCGAUCUGCUCAAUUUCCACCAGAAGUACUACCAUGCCUCGAAUUCGCGCUUCUACUCGUACGGAAAUUUCCCCUUGGAGGAACAUCUCAAGUUCAUCAACGACCGGUAUCUGUUUCUCUCCGAUCGAAUAGAUGCCUCCAUGUCGGCGGUGCCGCCGGAGAAACGAUGGAAUGAGCCUAGAAAGGAGCAUAUCGCCUGCAGACCCGAUCCAAUGCUUGCUGACACCAGCCGUCACGGCACCAUCGCCAUCGCGCACUUGUGCAACGAUAUCACUGAUAUACAGACAACUUUCGAGAUGUACGUACUUUCGCAGCUGUUGCUGAAAGGCCCGAAUUCAGCAUUCUACAAGUCCCUGGUCGAGUCAAAUGUGAGCACCGGCUUCGGUCCGGUCACCGGUUUCGAUUCGCAGUGCAGAGAUACAAUGUUCGUCGUGAGUCUGCAAGGCGUGAAACCAGAGGACUUCGGCAAGGUGCAGGAUAUCUACGACGACACUGUAAAUAGAGUUAUCGAAGAGGGAUUUGAGAAGGAUCACGUCGAGGCAGUUUUGCACGGCAUUGAACUUCAGGUGAAGCAUCAGACGUCGAACUUCGGACUGAACUUGCUAUUUAAUUUGACAUCCUUGUGGAAUCACAACGGCAACCUGAUACAGGCGCUGAGAAUAAACGACGCCGUCAAGAUACUCGCGUUGCGGAUGAAAGAGAAUCCCAAGUACUUGCAAGGUUUGAUCGAGACUUACCUGAGGAACAACAAUCACAGAUUGACUUUAACGAUGUCACCCGACGAAAAGUACGAGCAGAACAAAGCGGCCGCCGAGCAAGAGCUGCUCAGAACCAAGUUGGAAAAACUCACUGAGGAAGAAAAGGAGCAUAUAUACGUCAAUGGUAAGAUCCUGCUCGCCGAGCAGCAGAAGAAAGAGGACGUCGGAGUUUUGCCGACCCUGAAGAUAGAGGACCUGAAGGCUGACGUGGAUAGAUACGAAACGUCGAGUUUUGAGAUAUCUGGAGUACCGUUACAACUGUCGAUACAGCCGACGAAUGGGAUCUCUUACUACCGAGGGAUCCUGAAUACACGUGCGGUGCCGGACGAACUGAAGAAGCUCAUACCGCUAUUCAACUACGUAGUCGCGAAGAUGGGCACACGAAACUACGACUACCGCACCUUCGAUCAGAUGACGCAGUUAAAGACCGGCGGGCUGCACUUUAUGAAUCACGUGGCCGAACACAAGGAGAGCGAGCUGAAGUACGAGGAGGGUGUUCUCGUGGAGUCAUACUGUCUGGAUCGCAACUCGAACGACAUGUGGCGUCUGUGGAGCGAAUUGUUCAACAAUGUUCAGCUCACUGACCCGCAACGAUUCGAGACGCUCGUGAAGAUGAACGCGACCAACUUGAUCAACAAUAUCUCGCACGCCGGUCAUAUGUACGCGAUGAGCAGCGCCGCCAGCUUAGUCUCGCCGAUCGCGCGAGUCAAGGAGAGUCUGUCCGGGCUGCGCUACGUGUCGAGAAUGAAGAGGAUAGCACAGACACGCGACUUGGCUCCCCUGAUGCGCAGCAUGCAGGAGAUAGCGAGUCACGUGUUGAACAAACAACACCUGCGGUCGGCCAUCAACCUGGCCCAGGAACGCAAGGACGACGUUCUGGAGGGUAUUCGCGCGUUCUACGACUCGCUCCAAGGUGAGCCGACGAGUCCGCACAUCCUCGCCGAGGACCGGAGCACCGAGACGUACGAGAGCGGCAAUCACCAUGUGCUGCCAUACACGGUGAAUUAUUGCUCGAAAGCCAUAUUGACGGUACCCUACACGCACCCGGAUUACGCGGUGCUGCGUGUACUUUCCAAACUGAUCACGUCCACGUACCUGCACCCAGAAAUCCGCGAGAAGGGUGGCGCUUAUGGCGGCGGCGCAAAAUUAACGUCCGAGGGAAUCUUCUCCUUUUACUCAUACAGAGAUCCCAAUUCCACACGCACCUUCGACCUGUUCGACCAGGCGUACGACUUCCUACUGAAGCAUCCAUUGUCGCAGAGCGACAUAGACGAGGCAAAGCUGGGAAUCUUCCAGCAGAUCGACGCUCCCAUUCCGCCCAGUAAUCGGGGUAUGACCAAAUUCACUCAUGGCAUAACGGACGACGAUCUUCAGCGGCAAAGGGAGCAGUUAAAGGCCGUGGCAAAGGAGCAGCUCUUACAAGCAGCUGAGAGAUACUUGAAGCCGGGUCAACACGGUAUCAGAGUUGGUCGUUCGCUCCUUGGACCCUCGAAUAAGGACAUCUUGAACAGAUCCUCGGAUAACUGGACUGUGUUGAAUCAAGAAGAAGCCGGCCAGGCACGAGCUACCGAAUAGAGAUAGACAUUAAGACACUGUUCUUGUUACUUUCGCGUUGAUGAGACAUUUUACAUUAGGACAUGCUAAAUGCCAUUUUCUUUACGCUUCACGUUUGGCACGUGUCGCAGGUCAUUAAAAGCCGGAGAUAUUUGUUAAUUCAAUUGUAUAAUUUAUGCUUAUAUUUUGUAUAUCAAAUGUAUAAAUGAAAGAGAUGAAAGAGAUGAGAAACAA